CAAAACCAACCAACACUCAUCAAUCACCACGCUCGUUUCUUUGAUUUCGGUUUCUAGUCGCUCGCUAUUGUCAGCACACCAUCAUCAUGCUUUCGCCAUUACCACGGCUUGCCGCCGUCGCCCUUGUUGGGGUUGACCUCGCAAAUGCCGCCUAUAGUAUCGCGACAGUCGCCGACAUCAAAAAGACAUCAGCCGACAUCGCAUUCGACAUGAUGCAAUACUACAAAGGGAACUUGACGGGACAAACACCAGGAAUCCUCCCCGGCCCUCCUCCAGCCGGUGAUUACUACUGGUGGGAAGCAGGCGCAAUGUGGGGGGCUUUGAUCGACUACUGGAGAUUCACUGGCGACGCGUCAUACAACGAUGUUAUCACCCAAGCCCUCCUCUGGCAGGUUGGCCCAGGUCAGGACUACAUGCCACUCAACGUGACCGCAUCCCUAGGAAACGAUGAUCAGGGCUUCUGGGGAAUGACGGCCAUGACAGCCGCCGAAAACAAUUUUCCCAAUCCACCAGCCGAUCAACCACAGUGGCUGGGCCUCGCCCAGGCUGUCUUCAACACACAGGCAAACCCCGAUAGACACGAUAAAACCUGCAAUGGUGGCUUGCGCUGGCAGAUUCCCCCGCUCAACAACGGAUACAACUACAAGAACAGCAUUGCCAAUGGCUGUUUCUUCAACCUCGGCGCCAGACUGGCGCGCUACACCGGAAACAAGACAUACGCCGACUGGGCCGAAACGACGUGGGACUGGAUGAGGGGUGUCGGGCUCAUGGACGACAAUUACAGCAUUCACGACGGCGCUCACGUCGAAACGAACUGCACCGAUAUCAACAAUGCUCAGUUUUCCUACAACUCUGGCGUCUUUGUCCUCGGCGCCGCCCACAUGUACAACUAUACCGACGGCUCCCCCGUCUGGAAGGACCGCCUCGAUAAGCUCCUCAACGCCACCCUCGUCCGCUUCUUCCCCGACAAUAUCGCCUUCGAGCCCGCCUGCGAAGACCAAAUGAGCUGCACAACCGACAUGCUCUCCUUCAAGGGCUACGUGCACCGUUGGCUAUCCAUCACCACGCAAAUCGCGCCGCAUACGGCCCCCGUCAUUCUGCCCGUGCUAAAGACCUCGGCCGAAGCCGCUGUCCAAACGUGCACCGGCGAACAAAACGGCCGCAUGUGCGGGUUCAGCUGGAAAAAAAAGAAGUACGACGGCAGUCACGGGGUGGGUCAGCAGAUGAAUGUCCUGGGAGCGGUUUCUUCCUUGUUGAUUGAACAACCCGGAAAGGCCCCGGUGACCAAUAGUACCGGUGGAACCAGCAAGGGGAACCCGAAUGCCGGGAGCCAGAGCGACAGCUUUACGCAUGAUAAACCGGUGACGACGGCGGAUAAGGCGGGGGCGGGCAUUGUGACGUUUCUGUUGGCGGCUUCGACGUUGGGCACGUUUGUGUGGAUGGGCAUUGGUAAAUAGGAAGGCCAACCCCAUACUACUCGCGAGGAACGUCCACAAGGCAGGAAGAUCUUGGUGCCGAGGGGAAGGUUGCGGAAGAUGAAGAGAGAUGAGGGGCACACGAUUGGGAGUGAUGAUACUUUGGUUGAAGGAACCGAAAACGUGGGGAGGGUUUGAGGAUGGAUUGACGGCUGGGUGGGAGGUCUCUUUUUCCUUUAUCUUUUUCUUUGGAGUCGCGAUAAUUUCGCAGACCAAAGGGUGUCUGUUUUUGAGAGGACUCCGAUGUCACAUUUUUCAUUUUGCAGGGAGUUUCGCGUUAGCAGGCAGGGUUGGCAAGGCGUUCUCGGUUCACAUGAUGUUAUGAGUUAUGAUUCAGGUGGGAGGAAACAUAGAGCAUGAUAAUUGAAGAACUGAAGGAAGUUGACCUAUCG